GGCCCGAGGCCGCCUCCCUCAGACAGGGAGUGGGUGCUGGGUGCGUUCUGCCUGAGGUUCUGGGCAGGACCUCAUUUGAGCAAGCCCCAUCUCUUCCCCCAUUUUCUCUUCCCAGAAGCAGGAAGAAGUGACACGUGAAAGUUGUCCCUGAGCCCCGAGUGAUGCGCUUCCCCUUUCUGUCUUUUUCAGGCAGCACUGCCUUCUCCGGCGUCCAGACCCUGAAGGAAAAAUACCUGGAGAAACUGCUCACUCAGCUCUGCCCCCACCACACCCCUACCUGCUCACCUCAUGCCUGGGUCCAGGGUGGGUGAGGGUGAAGAACCCACCGGGCCAAGAUGAUCCCUUUUCUGGGGACUGCUGCUGGUGUCCUUCCCCAGAUCCCGGGCCCCAGCAGGUGGGAGAGUGGCCCCCUACGGAGCCCGAUCAGACUGCUGCAGAGGAGGUGAAGAGGGGUUGAGAAGAGGCAUCCAUCCACGAGACUGAAGUCACUUGCCUUCAUCCUUGUGAUUCUUGGCUGUUCUAGGCGAGAAGGACCUGUUGGUGGCCUUUGGAGGUGGCGGGAAACUGGACUGUGGUUCUGCCCCAGCACCUAUGCCCCCACCUCUGGCAGCAUCAUGAGCCAGUUUCAGGUGCCCCUGGCCGUCCAGCCGGACCUGCCAGGCCUUUAUGACUUCCCUCAGGGCCAGGUGAUGGUAGGGGGCUUCCCGGGGCCUGAGCUCUCCAUGGCUGGGAGUGAGUCCCAACUCCGAGGGGGUGGAGAUGGCCGGAAGAAACGCAAACGGUGUGGUACUUGUGAGCCCUGCCGGCGGCUGGAAAACUGUGGGGCUUGCACUAGCUGUACCAACCGCCGCACGCACCAGAUCUGCAAACUGCGAAAAUGUGAGGUGCUGAAGAAAAAAGUGGGGCUUCUCAAGGAGGUGGAAAUAAAGGCUGGUGAAGGAGCCGGGCCGUGGGGACAAGGAGCGGCUGUCAAGGUACCUUGUGUGUGUGCGUGCGUGUGUGUGCGUGUGUGUGGUGGCGGUGAAGUGUUUGACCGGAUUGGAUAAAAAUAAAGGGUCUCCUCUGGUGAUCCCUUAAUCUCCCACUGUGUGUGUAGCAGCAGCUGAGGGGGAGGGGCGGCGGGGGUGUGGGCGGCCAAUGAAUUCUCAGGCCUGUGUGGGUU